AGCAAUUAGUAAAAAAGAAUUGGUUUUUUGUUUCCAGAAAAUGGCACUGCAAGCAUUUUCCUUCACAAACUUUAGUAACAAAAGUUUGUAUCCGUCAAAAACCAUUCACUCUACACCUUUACUCAUCACAAAAAUCAAAUAUUGUAUGACUAAUAAGCCAGCAAUAAGGGCAGAGCAAAUAUCCAACAAAGGAGAUCGUCCGCAAGUCAGCUUUCCUCCUACCAUUUGGGGUGACAGCUUUAGCUCCUUCUCUUUUAAGCAACCGGUGUACGAAUCGUAUACCAAGCAGAUAGAAGUGCUAAAAUCGGAAGUGAAGAGCAAGCUGAUCUCCGGUUCGGAUGAUGCUUUCACAAAACUUAAUUUGAUCAACUUGCUAAACCGUCUUGGCUUGUCAUAUCAUUUUGAGGACGAUAUAGAGCAACUGCUGCACGAGCAUUUUGAUGCUCUCGUUGCUCGAGCUUCAGAUGAAGAAUGUGAUUUGUAUACUGUUUCGCUUGUAUUCCGAGUUCUCAGACAAAAUGGUUAUAAAAUCACUUCUGAUGUAUUUAACAAGUUCAAGGACAUCGAUGGUAAGUUCAAGCAAAGCCUAGCGACGGACGUAAAGGGCGUGCUGAGUUUGUACGAAGCUGCGUUUGUGAGCAUAACCGGAGAAGAUAUCUUAGACGAAGCUAUCGCUUUCACCAAACCCAUUUUGGAAUCUAUUAACAUUAAUGGAUUCGAAAAGCAUAUAAGCAAUGCAUUGAAACAUCCAUUCCACAGAGGCAUGCCUAGAGUUGAAGCCAGACAGUUCAUCUCUCUGUACGAAGGGGACGAGUCUCGCGAUGAAAUCUUACUCAAUUUGGCCAAGUUAGACUUCAAUAGAGUACAAUUAGUGCAUCAACAAGAACUCAGCGACCUUUCAAAAUGGUGGAGUGAUUUGGACUUGGUGUCAAAAUAUCCGUUUGCAAGAGACAGAAUUGUAGAGAUCUAUUUCUGGUUGAUUGGAAUAUUUUCCGAACCUCAAUAUGUUGGUUCCAGAUUACUUGUUACACAAACUCUAAUACUGCUCUCCAUAGUGGAUGAUAUAUACGAUGGAUAUGGUGCAUUCAAUGAACUCCAACUUUUUACCCAAGCAAUAGAGAGGUGGGACACUACUAGCCUUGAUCUUGUACCCGAGUAUACGAAAGUUCUUUAUAAAGCUUUCUUAGAUCUGUUCGAACAAUUUGAGAAUGACAUGAUAAAAGAAGAAAGAACCUUCGCACUCCCUUAUCUAAAAAAUGAGGUGAUUCGAAUAAUCAAAGCGUACAUGACUGAGGCCCAGUGGCUACACGACGGUUAUGUUCCAUCACCGGAUGAAUACAUGAAGGCAGCAUUUUAUACAGGCGGCAUUCCGAUUAUAAUUACGGGAUGCUAUGCAGGAACCGGAAAAGUUAAAGGGAGUGAAGAGUUUGAAUGGCUGCUAAAAUGUCCCAAAAUUAUAAAAGCUGCAGGAACAAUUACUCGUCUCAUUGAUGAUCUAGUAAGUCACGAGGAUGAACAGAAGAGAUCCACAGGACAUGUUGCUUCUGCCAUUCAAUGCUAUAUGCACCACAACGGAAUUUCAGAAGCGGAAGCUACUCGUGAAAUUGAGGGGAUAAUUGAGUCGUCGUGGAAGAAAAUAAACGAGGAAUGUUUGAGCCCUACCGCGCUUCCAAUGCACCUACUUAUGCCUAUAGUUAACAUUAUUCGUGUAGCUGAAGUUUGUUACAGAUACUUUGAUGGUUAUACCAAUCCAGAGCACGUCAAGGAUUACAUUGAGGCUAUGUUCGUCUUGCCAAUACCAAUUCAACAAUAGUUUGUUUUGAUGUGAUCUAACCAAAUCGAUUCUCUUCUCUAGGACUGUUUGGUUACUCAAUUCGGUUUGCUUGGCUUGAUUUCUAGUUUAAAUUCAGUUCAAAUUAAUAAAUAAAAAGUUUCUAUUUUUGUUCUAAA